AUGGCUUUCAUUAGAGCGUGGUUUUGUUUUUCUUUAACACUAACAUUCUUUACAAUAAAUGUGGAUUGUUUAUUUUUUAAAUCGUCAUCUGAAAUCGGAAUAAAUGGUCUAAGAAAAGCACCAAGGUGGAACUUUCCUUUCCUGGGACUGGGUCUGAGAUGUAACGGAUGUCCGCCGCGGGGCUGCGAAGACGACGAGGCGAUCAUCCACGGUUACUGUUGCGGCUGCGCUUACCCAUUGGAUAAGCUGCCGGUGCUGUGUCCGGAGUUUUUGCAGUGUCCACUCAACAUGCACGGCCUUUGUCACGACUACGAGUACAUGAUGAGGUGUUGCUGUUAA